AUGGAACGAUUUGCAGUAUUUCGCGCCAAAGACCCUCAAGUAACUAUGUGGCUACAGAAGAAUGGUUUUCAAAACCGUAGAUCCGAAGGCCUCGUGGAAACUCGUGCGGCAAAGACAUCGCAGAUUAGUCGAGAAGAAACAAAACUUGCUGCACAAACCAAAGAAGUCAGGUUUUAUGCAGAGAGACAAAUGCAGAGCAAAACUACUACUUUGGUUUCAGUCAAGAAAACGGCCACUACUGAACAGGAACGAAACGAGGUUCAACAUCAUGAACGUUUGAGCAGUUUAGAGAUGCCAGCUAUUUCCUUCAGCAAGACUAAGCGUGUUGUGUAUCAAAAUAAGGAAGAACCUUCACUAGCUGAGAAUAUUAACACAGACGGCAGGAAAAAAAUAAGAAGCUAUUCAUGCCCGCCAGAUAGCAGGCCUUCCUUAUCUCGGAGAUAUUCCACUGUGUCUUUGUUUUCAGACAGGCCUUGUAACAUACCAGUGUUAAUUCGAAACAAUGAUGUACGCCUUCGAAAAUAUAGCUGCCCCGAGUACUAUUCAACAGGUACGAAUUACUACAUGGAACAAAGAGGGAGCAGUAAAUUAAACAAAAACCCACAAGGAAAAAGGACGGCUUUAAAUGGGGCGAAAAACAGUCACCAACAAUUAGCGAGCAAGCUUGGAAACCAAACAACGCGAGAGGAAAAUGAGACGAAAAUCAAUAAUACUACAGGAGUGACAAUUAAGCCUAGUACGAAUCUCGCCAUGGUCUUGAAAACAGAGUUGAGUGAUUUUAGUAAAGAUCCUGCAACUGACCAUAAUGGAAACGAACGUUUUAAGCCUGCACCAAAUUCAACGUCAGAUGAUGACGGGUUUGGUUUGGUAUUCCAUGAAGAAUCUCUAGAGAGUUAUAGCUCGGAGAUUCCACCCAAACGGCCAACGAAGCAAAAUUUGCCAUCGAGUAUGUAUAAUUCAAGAGAUAAUAUGCUGGCAUGGCUCGGGGAAGUGAACAGAAAUAUAUACCCUCAAAUUCGGAGCUAGUAAGCCGUUUAUGAAAAGGACGCAACAUUUUGCAGUGAAAAUUGGCGAAGAAAUGACUUAGCAUCAUUGACUGAUUUUACCGGUGCUUUACUGCAAUUGCAAGAUAGUCGUACGAGGAAAGAUACCUGAAAAGGAGUUAACAUUUGUUCACAAAGGAGCGCAGUUGUCUCUGAACUAUUAAAUAUUGCUCGACUACAGCAAACACUUUUACAUUUUAAAAUAAUAUUUAUUUGGGCUGCAAUUCCUGUCAAGAGGUUUUGUUACAGCACAAUUAACAGUUAGACAUUUACUGUUUUCUUAGAGAUUACAGAUGAUGGCUAAGGUCUUAGUCUCGUUUUAUAUAAUGUUUGUUCGAUCUUGAACCAGGCUGGUCUACAGCACGUAACUAUGUGAAGCAUCAAUUGAUCAACAGGUUUUUUUCGACCUCAUCUCAUGCAGGUUACUCCGCAUAACUCUCGAAAUCAAGACGCAAUCGAAAUUGUUAUAGCAACGGCCUAACCUGCGUAGAAAAUUAAAAUGAAGAUAUCAGGAACUUUUCAGAUGUUCCAAACCGUGGCUGACUUUUCAUUUUUCAUCCACAUCCUCUAGCAAUGUCGUUCCCACGGUUUUUCGGCUAGGGCAUCAAGGGAAGUGUUGAAACACUGUUUUGAAAGACUUGCCGAGCGAUCAAAUAUAGAAUGGAGUAAUUUACCUGUAUAAGUAAGAGAAAUUUACUAGAGAAAAAUAUAGAGCUGAAACGGUUUCUCUUUUUCAGUUCGGAAAGUGUUCAGAAGAAACGCGCCCUUGGUCAUGGUGUGACAAGUUUCAUACUUCUAAAAAUUGGAAUCAAGCGCAAGCCUGACCGCUUAAUUGUGUAAGGUGGAGGUCCCUACUGUUUUCAUGGGAGCUAAUAUAAAGCAAAGAAUCAGAUACAUUCUGAGCCGCGGACCACUGAGAGCAUAGGCAGUCAUGCAACCCUAAAAACGACUACUACAAUCCCACUCCAUUUUAAUUUAUGUUCUCCCCAAACCUUUGUAUUCUAUCACAUGCAAUUCCCAAAGGAUUUCCUGGGGAAAAGCGAAAGAGUGAGAGAAGGCCCUGGUAUCGGCUGGUCACGUGUUCAGUGUAAAUAUUCCUAUGAAUCUAGAGCAUACCGCCUCUGUAAUGUUAAGUUACAAAAAACUAUUUCAAAAAGAUUUUAGACAAGCCGCUAUGGACACAUAUUCACGUACAAUGCAUGCCAAUAAAAUUACGACAAGCUGGAAAUUAUUUUGUCCAGUGUCGUAUACAAUGCGAGCCUUUCUUGUUUUCCCGCCUCUCUCAUUUUCUAAGGGAAACAGCCUGGGACUAGGUUGCAUGCGAGAUAG